AUGCCGCUUUCUGAGCUCUCCAGUAUGCUUGAGUCAGUGAUCUUGGGCUCUGUAAAAGGCUUCUCUGGGGUGAAUCCCUAUGCAGACACCCUCAAGCGUCUCCGGGAUGCCUUCAAUUCUGGAAGAACCCGUCCAGCCGAAUUCCGAAUUAGCCAGCUCCAGGGGCUGAGCCGCUUCCUGAAGGAAAACCGAAAGUUACUCCUGGAUACCCUGGCCCAGGAUCUGAACAAGCCAACCUUUGAAGCUGAUAUAUCCGAGAUUGUCUUAUGUGAGGCUGAAAUCAAGCUCGCUCUGAACAAUCUCCGCACCUGGAUGAAGGAUGAGCAGGUGGAGAAGAAUCUGGUUACCCAGCUGGACUCAGCUUUCAUCCGAAAGGAGCCCUAUGGUGUCACCCUCAUCAUUGCCCCCUGGAACUACCCUUUGAACCUCUUGCUGGUGCCUUUGGUGGGGGCCAUUGCCGCAGGUAACUGUGUGGUUUUAAAGCCCUCGGAGAUGAGUAAGGGCAUGGAGAAGGUCAUUGCUGAGGUGCUGCCCCAAUACCUGCACAAGAACUGCUUUGCUACGGUGCUCGGAGGCCCCCAGGAGGCCACAAUUCUGCUCAAGAACAAAUUCGACUACAUCUUCUUCACAGGAAGCCCCCGGGUAGGGCAGAUCGUAAUGUCCGCUGCCUCCAAGUACCUGACCCCUAUCACUCUGGAGCUGGGAGGUAAGAACCCCUGUUAUGUGGAUGACAACUGUGACCCCCAGAGCGUGGCCAACCGUGUGGCCUGGUUCCGUUUCUUUAACGCGGGACAGACAUGUGUGGCCCCAGACUAUGUCCUGUGCAGCCGGGAGACCCAGGAGAAGCUGCUGCCUGCCCUGCAAAGUGCAGUGACCCAGUUCUAUGGGAAGGAGCCCCAGAAUUCCCCAGACCUGGCUCGCAUCAUCAAUGACAGGCAUUUCCACAGGCUCCGAGGCCUGCUGGACAAUGGCCGAGUAGCCAUCGGUGGCCAGUCGGAUGUACAGGAACUCUACAUUGCCCCCACAGUGCUGGUGGAUGUGAAGGAGACGGACCCUGUGAUGCAGGAGGAGAUCUUUGGGCCCAUCUUACCCAUCCUGAAUGUGGAGAGCGUCGAUGAGGCCAUUGCUUUCAUCAGGAAGAGAGAGAAGCCCCUGGCUCUGUAUGCCUUCUCCAAGGAUUCCAAGGUGGUAAAUAAGGUUCUGGACCAGACCAGCAGUGGCAACUUCGGGGGGAAUGAUGGCUUCAUGUUUAUGACAAUAACAUCCAUGCCUUUUGGGGGAGUUGGUCACAGUGGGAUGGGAGAGUAUCACGGCAAGUUCACCUUUGACACCUUCUCCUACCGGCGUGGUUGCCUCCUUCGUAGCCCACGCCUGGAGAUGAUCAACAAAAUGCGCUACCCACCCUACUCCCCAGGGCGCCAGCGACUGCUUGUGUGGUUUUUGGAGCACAAGCUGGGCUUCCCUUGCUCCAUCCUGUGA